AUGGGGAAAGGCACAACACUGCGGGUGACAUUGACAAUGGCUGCAAACCGCGGAUGGAGGAUCAAGCAGAUGGACAUCACCACUGCCUUCCUCAAUGGGAUCAUUCUGGAGGAGCUGUACAUGCUGCAGCCUGAGGGGUUGGAUGAUGGGAGCGGCAGGGUGUGCAAGCUGAAGAAGGCCAUCUAUGGCCUGAAGCAGGCUCCUCGUGCAUGGUACCACAAGCUGGAGGAGACACUGCUGGCUAGGGGAUUUGAGAAGAGCGAGUGUGAUCACAGCUUGUUCCUGCUGCAAGAGAAGGAGCAGUUCCUCAUGCUCUUGGUGUAUGUGGACGACAUCUUGCUCUUCUCCGAGUCAUCUGCAAUGAUUGAACGUAUGGAGGAGAUGCUGGAGAUGCAGUUCAAGUGUUCCAAGAUGGGAGAUGUGAAGUACUAUCUGGGGAUGCAUGUGGAGAGGGACCUUGACAAGGGAGUGUUGAGGUUGCACCAGAGGAAGUAUUGUGAGGGGCUGGCCGAGAAGUACGGGCUGCAAGAUGGAGGAAAGCCAUCAACCCCACUGCCUUCAGGGUUUACUAUGGGGCCCUGUGCUGAUGAGGAGGUGGUGGGUGAGAGCGACAGGAAGCUGUUUCAUUCCAUGGUUGGGGCACUCAACUAUGCGGCUAACCACACGCGGCCUGAUAUUGCCUUUGCUACAUCCAGGCUUGCCAGUGUGGUUUCACGCCCCAGUCAUGAGCAGCUGGAAGCGGCCAAGAGGUUGGUCCGCUAUGUGAGCGCUACAGCAUCAGUGGGUUUGGAGUACAAUGUUGUGAGAUAG